AUGACACUCAAAAACGGCACCGGCCAAGCUUGCGCCGCCUGCAAGUACCAACGCCGGAGAUGCACCCCAGAAUGCCUCCUCGCCCCAUUUUUCCCGGCCGACCAGCCGAAAAUGUUCCAGUACGUUCAUCGACUGUUCGGGGUCAAGAACAUCCAGAACCUCCUUAAGGAGCUCAGCCCCGAGCAGAAGCCCAUGGCCAUGAAGUCCAUUAAAUUCCACGCCGCCAUGAGGGACAAGUACCCUGUAUACGGCUGUCUUGUCGAGAUACAACAACUCACUUAUCAAAUCCAGAUGGCCGAGGAGGAACUCCAGGCAAUUCUCCAACAACUCGCCUACUACAGACAGCAGCAGCAGCAACAACAACAACAACAACACCAUCAGCAAGAAGUUUCUGCCACAACUGAGUAUCUCUCGGAGCUACAAUUAGGCAUGGCUCCGCCUGGCCCAAACACAACAAUGACACUGGUUCAAGACGAAAGUAACAAUAACAAUAAUAAUAGUAAUGGUAACAAUAACCCGGCCCAAUACAAUAAUGUAGCGGACUUGCCGAUUGGGCCGGGCCCACAAAUCUCGUCUUAUUCCAACAGUUGCAACGGCGAUUACGGCAUUACUUAUUUGGAUUUCAAGGAGAGCAAUGCAGUUGAUUCCUUCUGUCACGAAACGUAUAGUAAUAAUAAUAGCAACGAGAAUGUGAUCAAUGCGGAUGCAAUGGUCGUGCAGGCACAACUCGUCACUUCGCCGCAACUUAUGAAUGUCGAACAAGAAGCAAUGGCUCAUGAUUAUAACGAGAUGCACCCUUUUUUCGAUAAUAUUGAUGACACGCAAUCGUACAUUGGUUGCAAGGAUGCGUACGAGACGAGCUUGGGUUCACCUUUGAAAGAUUCAAGAUCACAACUGGCUGACGAAAUGGAUGAGAAUGAGCUGAAAAGUGCAGCUGCAUGUUUUAGCCUCACAAGUGUUAAUUAA